AUGGCGCUGCCCAGCGUGAAAUCGCUCGUCGAGUGCGGACAAUACUCUACCUCAUUCGAGCCAUUCCUACCACAGCUGUACGCGCUGCCGCAACAGAUAUGGGCGUCCAUUGGCGACCUGGGAGCUUUGAAGGACAUCUAUCUUAACACCAAUCCCGCAAUGUCUGGCCUUGGCCUCUCAAUCGCCAUGAUGCCAGUCUUCUUCAUCGUCGCUGAGAUCAACAAGAACUACAGCCAGGUCGAUCGCGUUUGGUCUAUUCUACCGGCAUUUUUCAAUCUUCACUACGCUUUCUGGGCGCGCGCGAACGGUCUCGAGACGGAGAGAUUGAACAGCGUGGCUGUGUUCAGCAUCGCGUGGUCGGUGCGACUCACGUACAACUAUUGGCGGAAGGGCGGCUACGAGAUCGGAAGCGAGGACUACCGAUGGGAAUUGAUCAAGAAGUACAUUGGAUCGUUCGGAUUCCUACUCCUUAACAUUUUUUUCAUCUCCACAGUCCAAUUGGUUCUCCUCUGGGCGGUCACCCUCCCUACCUACGUCCUGCUUCUCACCUCCCAACUCAGGCCAGAGAUCGCCGCUUUCGACCAAGUCUUCUCCCGACUGCUCGUGGCGCUCGUAGUGUUCGAAUACUUCGCAGAUGGGCAACAAUGGACAUAUCACCAGGCCAAGGCGGAAUAUGCAAAGACUGCCAAGGUGCCUGAAGGCUGGACUCGCGCUCAGAUCGAACGCGGCUUCAACACCACCGGACUUUGGAAACACAGUCGCCAUCCCAACUUCGCGGCCGAACAAUUGAUCUGGAUUGUGCUCUACCAGUGGGGAUGCUUCAAGAGCGAGACGCUGUGGAACUACACGUGUGUGGGUGUCAUCAAUUACAUCCUGGUCUUCGCUGGCAGCACGCCGAUCACAGAGUGGAUCAGCAGUGGAAAGUAUCCGCAGUACAAGCUGUACCAAGAGCGCGUUGGAAGGUUCAUACCCUCGAUCUUUGGCGCAGGCUGGAACGAGGAGGAGGUCGAAAAGGCUGCGAAGAAACUGGACAACAAGAAACAGUAG